AUGUCAGCCCUUGACGUUGAGGCGCUUUUGGACUCAACUGCAAAUGGUACUCCAGUCGAAAAUGGAUCCUCGAAACCCAAAGACCUAGAUGACCGCCAUAGGAAUGAACGAAAUGAUCGUCGCGAUCGAGACCGAAACCGAGAUUCCAGUAGAGACCGUGAUAGGGAUCGCAAGCGUCGGGGCGACCGAAGCAGAGACAGGAAUCGCAGAGAAGUCAACGGUGAUAAAGAGUUGAUUGGGACACCUACAAGCGAUCAUGGUAGCGCUCAUGGCAGUACCAAGAGUAGGCGCAGAAGUAGAAGCCGAGAAGACCGACACUCACGUCGCCACAGAGAUAGCCCUGACGAGACCGGCCGCAGAGAUGGAGACUUCUACAGAGGAAGUGGGCGCACUCGCUCACGUUCUAGGAGCCCGAAUAGAUACUAUCGUCCUCGAGGUGACCGCCGAGAUCGGGAGGAGAUAGAUGCCGGCAAACCAAGAGAAGACCGUCGGAACAGAAAUGAUCGACGAGCAAGUAGGAGCCCAAAGAGAGAGUCUACACCUCCUUUGACUGAGGACGAGCGUGAUCGUCGCACAGUCUUCGUCCAACAACUUGCAGCUCGUCUCAGGACUAAAGAACUGAUAGCCUUUUUCGAGAAAGUUGGUCCUGUUAAAGAGGCUCAGAUUGUGAAGGACAGAGUUAGUGGUAGAUCCAAAGGUGUUGGCUACGUUGAGUUCAAGAAUGAAGAAUCGGUCCCUGCUGCUAUUCAACUCACUGGUCAGAAACUCCUAGGAAUCCCCAUCAUCGCCCAGCUCACGGAAGCCGAAAAGAAUCGUCAAGUACGCAACACCGAAACCGCCGGCAGUAACCCCAACCAGAUCCCUUUCCAUCGACUCUAUGUGGGUAAUAUCCAUUUCAGUAUCACUGAAAGCGAUUUACAGAAUGUUUUUGAACCUUUUGGAGAACUUGAGUUUGUGCAGCUUCAGAAGGAGGAACAGGGCCGCAGCCGAGGCUAUGGCUUUGUCCAAUUUCGUGAUCCUAAUCAAGCUCGUGAAGCUUUAGAAAAGAUGAAUGGGUUUGACCUUGCUGGUCGACCAAUUCGUGUUGGUCUUGGCAACGAUAAGUUCACUCCUGAGUCUACCGCCAGUCUUCUGCAAAGAUUCCAAGGCCAGAGCCACCAACAACAAUUCCAGGGUUCUGCUUUCUCCGGUGCUGGUGGGCGUGGUCCCCAAGCAGUCGGCGGUAGUAAUUUUGACCGCGCAGGUGGCCGCGACAACGACAAAGGUGCCGGUGGUGCCAGUGCUCUAGAUGACACCGAUGUUGGUGGGGUAAACUUCAACAAUUAUAGUCGAGAUGCAUUGAUGAGGAAGCUUGCCAGAACAGACGAACCUGCCCCCGCCACUAAAGGCCGCGACGAGAGGCGCGAGAUCUUGAAGCCCAAGACUGAGACCAAGCCGUUGCCAGUCAAUGUCAAUAUGGCCAGCAGAUGCGUCGUCCUCAAGAAUAUGUUCGAUCCUGCCGAAGAAGAAGGUGAAAACUGGGAAAAGGAAUUGGAAGAUGACGUUCGAGCGGAGGCCGAAGAGAAAUAUGGCCAUGUUGUUCACAUUGCUCUAGAUCCCAACUCCCAAGGCGACAUCUACCUUAAAUUCGACCGAGUGCAAGGAGGCGAAAAUGCCAUCAAGGGCCUCAACGGCAGAUAUUUUGGAGGACGUAUGAUUAGCGCUACGCCUGUUGUGGAUGCAGUCUACAGCAGUUUGUUCUCACGCACAAAGGCUAUCUAA